AUUUAUCUCCGCGGGGCCCUCGUCUCUAGGACACCUAGCUGCUUAGUGGACAACCCGGGAUAUUCCCCCAGGCACCGAGAGCUACCAACGCCCUAUGUUACACUCGCAGGCUACAUGUAUCUGGUCCCUUGAUUAGCGCGACAUGGUGCGCACUUCAGUGCCUCGGGCCAGCUUUUCGAUAGACAAAUGACAGCUCAACCCGUGACGUCGCAGAGGAAGAAACUCGUUUUCUUCCCUUUGAGCUGGUGCUACCAUUCGAUCCCGCGAGUAGUAGCAAGGCAACACAUGCAAAAGGCAUCGGGUAACUGAACAAACUAACCCCCCCAAAGAGAGAACAUAAAGACAUCGGAUUCCCUCCGAGCACUCCCAGUCCGAGAAAUGGUUUAAGAAUCCGACAGCAUCCAACCCUAAUAAUGAUAUUCCAAUUUUUUGCAGCUUUUGCUCUCCUCUUUGGUAUGCAAUGCGCCUUACUAACCUAUACCUCUCCCUCCCUCCCCCUCCUCUUAUAAACAUUCUCUGACAAAAACGCCCUCCCAGCUCUCACCCUCUCUACCCCCGUCUUUCAAUUGAAUGGCUACUCCGAUCCACGUCCUAUCUGCUCCACCGGCGAGGGAGCCCUGCUUGAAGAUUGCAUGCAAGCAUUUUUCCAGAUGGAUACCACCCCACCAGGGUCUUGCAAUACUUUCAUAACGAGGUCCUACGAAGUCGCUAUCUGGCGCACAUGUCGGAUAAGGACCUGGGAUCCGGCCUUCGCGCACUGCAUAGAUAAGACCAAUAUCUAUAUCGCGGCACGGCGGAUUAUGUCUACGUGCUGGCGGGGCAGUGGAACAAGGGUUGCUGGGAAAUGGUCUUUCCCCGGGACUAGAGGGGAGAGGGGGGUUGAAAUUCUUUCGGUGCCAAACACCAGGCGAUAGAGGGGACUUCUUUUGUUUGGGAUUGUGCAGAGGGAAGGAGUAGUAAAUUUUCAAGGUUUCAUGCAUGACUUUGGAUCUAUCAUGAAAUAUAUUGGUGAACCACCUACAAUACCCGGGGGAAUGGGUGUUGGAAGCGACGGUCCAGCCGAUUCAAAGUCCAUUUAAUCGAGGAGUAUCAAACCACUCUCUUACCGCUCACAACAGCGAAACCAGUUUUCUCGCUCUAAAUUUCACUUCACAGGGUUUAUAUAUAGAACAAAGUGCGUAUUUACAGC